CCUGGCUUUCUCCAGGCCUGGCAUUCCGGCCCAUCUCAGUCAGGAUGCCCACAAGGCGCUGGGCCCCAGGCACCCAAUGCAUCACCAAGUGUGAGCACACGCGCCCGAAGCCUGGAGAGCUGGCCUUCCACAAGGGCGACAUGGUCACCAUCCUGGAGGCUUGUGAGAGCAAGAGCUGGUACCGAGCCAAGCACCACGCCAGCGGGCAGGAGGGGCUGCUGGCGGCGGGUGCGCUGCGGGAGCGUGAGGCCCUCUCAGCGGAUCCCAAGCUCAGCCUCAUGCCGUGGUUCCACGGGAAGAUCUCGGGCCAGGAGGCGGUGCAGCUGUUGCAGCCGCCCGAGGAUGGGCUGUUCUUGGUGCGGGAGUCGGUGCGGCAUCCCGGGGACUACGUGCUCUGCGUGAGCUUCCACCGCGAAGUCAUCCACUACCGCGUUCUGCACCGUGAUGGCCACCUGACCAUCGACGAGACCAUCUGCUUUUGCAACCUCAUGGAUAUGGUAGAGCAUUACAGCAAGGACAAGGGGGCCAUCUGCACGAAACUCGUGAAACCCAAGAGGAAGCAGGGGGCUAAAUCGGCGGAGGAAGAGCUGGCCAAGGCUGGCUGGUUACUGGACCUGCAGUAUUUGACCUUGGGAGCGCAAAUCGGAGAGGGGGAGUUUGGAGCCGUCCUGCAGGGCGAGUACCUGGGCCAGAAGGUGGCCGUGAAGAACAUCAAGUGCGAUGUGACAGCCCAGGCCUUCCUGGAUGAGACGGCAGUCAUGACGAAGCUGCAGCAUAAGAACCUGGUGCGUCUGCUGGGCGUGAUCCUGCACCAGGGACUCUACAUCGUCAUGGAGCACGUGAGCAAGGGCAACCUGGUGAACUUUCUACGAACUCGGGGCCGGGCCCUUGUGAACACCCCCCAGCUCCUGCAGUUUUCCCUGCACGUGGCCGAGGGCAUGGAGUACCUGGAGAGCAAGAAGCUGGUGCAUCGAGACCUUGCUGCCCGCAACAUCCUCAUCUCUGAGGACCUGGUGGCCAAGGUCAGCGACUUUGGCCUGGUCAAGGCUGAGAGGAAGGGGCUGGACUCCAGCCGACUGCCCGUCAAGUGGACAGCGCCUGAGGCACUCAAACAUGGGAAAUUCUCCAGCAAGUCCGAUGUCUGGAGUUUCGGGGUGCUGCUAUGGGAGGUCUUCUCAUAUGGCCGGGCUCCAUACCCCAAGAUGGUGAGCAUGGCCUGGGUGGGGGAGGCA